UCGAGACAGCAGUCAGUUCUAGCGGAACCGCCGACUUGUUUACGAGCGUUGUGUAUUAUAUACUCCAACGCGUACAUACUGCGUGCACAAUUUCGAGAUACAAUACGACGAUUCGUUAUCGAUACAAGUGCGUUAAUCGUCCAAAGUGCAAAUAUAAUUAUAAUCCUACAGCUCCCACGCAGUGAUUUUCCUUUUCGCGGUCAGUGUCGUUCGAUUACAUAGUUGUGCUAAUUAAUACAAGUGAACUGUGCUCCAUCGUAUCUCUCGUAUCGGCCGGCUGCAGUUGUGUGUUUUAAAUCGUAUAUACAAGAAGAUGCUUCGGCUUUGAAUUUCGCAUACCGAUCGUUACAUCGCACGGUUCGGCGCUCGGCCAUUCGAAAGCAACGACAGCAGCUCUUCAGCUCUUCAGCAGCGAGGAAAGUCGAGAGAGGAGGAAACACACACAGACAGACAGAGGCACAAGCAUGCUGAAGCACGUCUCGGUGUCGCCGUGGCGGGGACGCUCGGACUCGGUGAGCCUGGCCUCGAGCGGGGGCAGCACCUCGAGCUGCGGCAGCGGGGGCACCCCCAGCCCGGGCCACACGCCGCCACCCUCGAGGGCCUCCUCGUGCGCCUCACUGGCCAUACCGCUCAACGGCCUGUCGAGCUUCAUCUCCGUCAACAGCAUCGCCAAUAACGGCGCCAAUUCUCAACCGAGCCAGCUGCUGCUGCAUCAUCAUCAGCAAGAAGCACCUCAGCAGACGACGAUCAAAGUUUACGCCAACUGUCUGCGCACCGACAUCGAGUACAAGACGCUGAGCAUCACCUACGAGACGACCUGUCGCGAGGUCGUGCAGAAUCUCCUCAACAAAUUCAAGAUGCGCCAUCGCGACCCGAGGCUCUUCUACCUGACCAUGGAGGUCACGGUGAGGCGGGCCAACGUGCGCACUGUACUGCCCCUCGACGAGGACGCCAGACCGGCGGUGCUACAGUCCUGUCAUCCCAAGGGCGACUCCAAGUUCGCCCUGCAGACGAGGCGAGGUGGACUGGUCAAGAUUUACGACAGCGCCAUCAUGCCAGCGUCCAAGUACAAGAGUCUGCUGGUGUCGGAGCAAACGACCGUGGACGAGCUCAUACAGAUGCUGCUGAGCUGCUACAACUCGACCGAGCGAGUCGAGCUGUUCUCCCUGUACGAGGUGUCCGAGGGCGAGGAGUACCAGCGCAAGCUGCACCCCGACGAUCUGCCGCUGCAGGUGACGCAGCGCUGGACCAGCGGCGAUGAUCGUCACCUCAGAAUCAGGCGCAAUCCCGAUUACCUGCCCAAUCCGCAGAGGCGAAAGAGCAUGUGGGCAUCGGACUCGAGCAUUACGCUAGCCAUGUCGAUGGUUCAUCUGCAAUCUCCGCCGGCGGCCCUGGCCAACAACACCCAUCACCAUCAUCACUUCUUCAAUCACCAAAGCAACAAGAAUCGUCUGAUCUACAACAGGCCGCACAAUCACCUGCACCACCACCAUCACCAUCACCACCAUCCGGACUGCAACAACAACAAACAAAAGCAGCAGCAGCAGCAACAGCAACAGCAACAUCAACAGCAGCAGCAACAACAGCAACUGAUAAUGGUGCAGUCGCCGCAGGGCCUCAAGAGUCUGCCCACGACGCCGGUGGCGCAGAAGCACAUCUCCACGACGUCGUACGCCGAUUACGAGAAUUACCUGUACAUUUGACCUGUGGCGCGCUGCCGAUGCCGCUGCUCGAGGAGCAGCGACGAUCUGCUUUCCGAGCGCGACUACCGCCUCUGAACGCUGAAUUCUGUGUACAUUUCCUCUUGUGUGUGUGUGUUACCUUCGAUUCCAUUUUUCGUUCGACUGAUUCUUUUGUUGUAAAUAUUAUUUCCCAACGACAACGACAAAGAGAGAUCUAGAUUUAACGUUAGUCAUUAAACUCUUAUUGUACUAUAUUAGGCUAUUUUGUUGUUUUUACGUUUUUCGUCGGCGAUAAAUUCUCGUUUUUUUUUUCUCUUUUGUACCAAAGCCUUUAUACGUAUAGGAUCGCGUGAAAAAAAAUUAUUACCUUAGCUCCUUAAGUACCAGAUUAGAUAAUGAUAGAAGAGAGACGAAUGUCGCGCGCGCGCGCGCGAGGCCGGAAGUGCUACUUUCAAAAAAACAUAAAAUCGCGACGUCUUGUAUAUUAUACACAAGACGAUUCGUGUCGUAAUAUACCUACGAAAACUGCCUUUGUACGGAUAUCGAGGCUUUUGUAAGAAUAAAUUAUAUGUACGUGUAAGUUUAGUGUAUACUCAUCGCAAUGGACCAAAGAUAAUGAAUUGUCGAAUUCAGUAAAUUAUUUAUCCGAACCUCGUAGAAAAGUCUAUGAUAUCGAUUUAAAUGAAGUAGCUCGAUUACAGUAUCCGAUAUUUAUAUACAAUGUAUUUCGUCAAACGUAGAGUUAGAGAAGAAAAAAAAGUCAGAAAUUUUGAUAGAAAUUAUUAUUCAAAAACGAUUCGUGUUUCGUCGCAAGUAUUCUACGGUAAAAAAAUUAUAAUUAUACAUGUGUAUCCCGAGUUGUAGUGUAAAUAAACAAGCGAAUGUAUAUCGUUUUAUAAGCGUUAAAACAAAGGCCGGCUAAAUACCAAUGACUCAUGUGUGAAUUAUUUAUACAUUUGUGCAUGUAAAGAGAGCGCGGUGUGUACGUGUUUAAAAAUGUAUAUAGAAAAUAAAUUUAAACAAAAUAAAAUAAAAUACGUAUAACUGAUUGUGAGAAUUGAAUUUUGUAAAUAAAUUUUAUAAUAUUGACUCUCGGCUAAAAACAUUGUAAAAGCGUGUGCGGCUUUUAUGAAUUUAUACAAAGAUAAUUUCGUGUAAUAAAUGUCUUGAAAUACC